AACAACAUGUAGUAGCAUAAUAUCCUUCCCCUCUAGACCUCCCCCAUCCCAAUGGAGUCUGCAUCGACUUCCCCUCCGCGCGGCUCGGGAGCGCCGCAGAUCGGCAAUAAGAACGUUUUAUUCCAGUCAAGAUGGAGGGCUAUUGCCUACUGAGGGGAAACCCAACAGCGUGACCGUUGCGGGACAAUAUUCGCACUUUCAAUGUAAGGCUGACCCGCCUUUCCGCAGAUCUAACGGAGUCGAAUAUUUGGUGAUAUUUUGACGUGACGUUAUUCCAGCAAUGAGCUCGGGCGACGGGAUAGAUGAGGGUCCGAAUGAUGCGGCCGACAUAGCGGCGUUUUUCAAAUCUGAUUGUUCUCUCACGCAAUGUGAACCAAAACUGGAGGGACCAAGCAGCCAAUCAUCAGGGUUCCAUGGCCAUGAGGACAUGAAGGCCAUAGAUGUGCUGCCCAUCCUUAAGGAGAAGGUCGCCUUUCUUUCAGGUGGUAGAGAUCGACGUGGCGGGCCCGUCCUCACCUUCCCCGCCAGGAGCAACCACGACAGGUUCCGCCAGGAGGACCUGCGCAGGCUCAUCACCUACCUCGCUGCAAUCCCCAGUGAGGAUGUGCGCAGAUAUGGCUUCACGGUCAUUGUGGACAUGCGUGGCUCCAAGUGGGACUCCAUCAAACCUCUUCUGAAGAUCCUUCAGGAGUCCUUUCCUUCCUGCAUCCACGUGACGCUUAUCAUCAAGCCUGAUAACUUCUGGCAGAAACAGAGAACCAACUUUGGCAGCUCCAAGUUUGAAUUUGAGACGAUCAUGGUGUCGCUGGAGGGUUUGACCAAAGUGGUGGACCCUUCCCAGCUCACCUCCGACUUCGAGGGCAGCCUGGAGUACAACCACGACGAGUGGGUCCAGGUCAGGAUGGCGUUCGAGGAGUUCGCCGGCGAGGCCGCGCGGGCGCUAGCUCGGCUGGAGGAGCUGCAGGAGACUCUGGCUCAGCGCGACCUUCCCCGUGACUUGGAAGGGGCGCGUCGUCUCAUGGAAGACCACGCGGCCUUGAAGAAGCGCGCCACCAAGGCGUCCGUGGAGGAACUGGACGCCCAGGGACGCCGGCUCCUCCAGAAGCUGCAGGCGGCGGCUAACGAGGGCUACGCUAACCGCGGCGCGGCUAACGACGCUAACGAGGCCCACAGCCUGGCGCCCAAGGUGACGGCGCUGCUGGACAAGCUGCACACCACCCGGCAGCACCUGCAGCAGCUCUGGCACAUGAGGAAGCUGAAGCUGGAUCAGUGUUUCCAGCUCCGGCUGUUCGAACAGGACGCAGAGAAGAUGUUUGACUGGAUCUUGCACAACAAGGGCCUGUUCCUGACCAGCUACACGGAGAUCGGAGGGUCCCACACCCAGGCUGCAGAACUCCAGACCCAGCACAACCACUUCGCCAUGAACUGCAUGAAUGUGUACGUGAACAUCAACAGGAUCAUGUCUGUGGGGAACCGUCUGCUUGAGUCCGGUCACUACGCCUCGCAGCAGAUCCAGCAGAUCUCAGGACAGCUGGAGCAGGAGUGGAAGGCCUUCGCCGCCGCGCUGGACGAGCGCAGCACCCUGCUGGAGAUGUCUGCCUCCUUCCACCACAAAGCUGACCAGUACAUGAGCAGUGUGGAGCCCUGGGGCAAGGCGUGUGGGGAGGGGGGGCUCCCGUCAGAGCUGCAGGAGCUGGAAGAUACCAUCCACCACCACCAGGGGCUGUAUGAGCACAUCACCGCUGCUUACUCUGAGGUGAGCCAAGAUGGUAAGUCCCUGCUGGACAAGCUGCAGCGGCCCCUGACCCCUGGCAGCGCUGACUCCCUGACGGCCUCGGCUAACUACUCCAAGGCGGUUCACCACGUGCUGGACGUCAUCCACCAGGUGCUGCAUCACCAGCGGCAGCUGGAGAACGUCUGGCAGCAGCGCAAGGUCCGCCUGCACCAACGCCUGCAGCUCUGCGUCUUCCAGCAGGACGUGCAGCAGCUGUGGACGUGGUUGGAGGAGCUGCAGAAGGAGCUUCUGGAUGACGUGUAUGCUGAGGCGGUGGAGGCGGUGCAGGAGCUGAUCAAGCGCUUCAGCCAGCAGCAGCAGACCACCCUGCAGGCCACCGUCAACGUCAUCAAGGAGGGAGAGGACCUCAUCCAGCAGCUCAGGGACUCGGCCGUCUCCAGCAACAAGACGCCCCACAACAGUUCCAUGGCCCACAUCGAGACGGUGCUGGCCCAGCUGGACGAGGCGCAGGGCCAGAUGGAGGAGCUGUUCCAGGAGAGGAAGAUCAAGCUGGAGCUCUUCCUGCAGCUGCGCAUCUUCGAGAGGGACGCCAUCGACAUCAUCUCAGACCUGGAGUCGUGGAACGAGGACCUGGCGGGCCAGAGGGGUGAGCUGGACACGGAGGACCUGGCCCUGGCAGAGCAGAGGCUGCAGCACCACGCUGACAAGGCCCUGACCACGACCAACCUGGCCUUCGACGUGGUGCACCAGGGCCAGGAGCUGCAGCAGUACGUCACCGAGGUGCAGGCCACUGGUGUGGAGCUCCUGUGUGACAGGGAUGUGGACAUGGCCACGCGUGUUCAGGACCUGCUGGACUUCCUGCAUGAGAAGCAGCAGGAGCUGGACCAGGCGGCCGAGCAGCACCGCCGCCACCUGGAGCAGUGUGUGCAGCUACGCCACCUGCAGGCCGAGGUCAAACAGGUGCUGGGGUGGAUUCGUAACGGGGAGUCCAUGCUAAACGCUGGGUUGAUUACAGCCAGCUCCCUACAAGAGGCAGAGCAACUCCAGAAGGAACACGAGCAGUUUCAACAUGCCAUAGAGAAGACCCACCAGAGCGCCCUGCAGGUGCAGCAGAAGGCCGAGGCCCUGCUCCAGGCCAGCCACCUCCACAUGGAGCUGAUCAGGGACUGUGCCGAGAAGGUGGCCGACCACUGGCAGCAGCUCAUGCUGAAGAUGGAGGACAGGCUCAAGCUGGUCAACGCCUCCGUGGCCUUCUACAAGACUUCGGAGCAGGUUUGCAGUGUGCUGGAGAGCCUGGAGCAGGAGUACAAGCGAGAGGAGGACUGGUGUGGGGGCGCCGACAAGCUGGGGCCUAACAGUGACUCAGACCACGUCACCCCCAUGAUCAGCAAACACCUGGAGCAGAAGGAGGCCUUCCUGAAGGCGUGCACCUUAGCCAGACGGAACGCCGACGUCUUCCUGAAGUACCUGCACAGGAACAGCGUCAACAUGCCAGGCAUGCUGGCCCACGUCAAGGCACCUGAGACACAGGUCAAAAACAUCUUGAACGAGCUGCUGCAGAGGGAGAACCGGGUUCUGCACUUCUGGACCCUGAGGAAGCGCCGGCUGGACCAGUGCCAGCAGUACGUGGUGUUCGAGCGCAGCGCCAAGCAGGCGCUGGAGUGGCUGCAUGAUGCUGGCGAGUUCUACCUGUCCACACACACCUCCACGGGCUCCAGCCUCCACCACACCCAGGAGCUGCUGAAGGAGCACCAGGACUUCCAGAUCACCGCCAAGCAAACCAAAGAGCGGGUGAAGUUGUUGAUCCAGCUGGCAGAGAGCUUCUGCGAGAAGGGCCACGCCCACGCUCAGGAGAUCAAGAAAUGGGUGGCGUCCGUCGACAAGCGCUACCGAGACUUCUCCCUGCGCAUGGACAAGUACCGCUCGUGUCUGGAGAAAACGCUGGGCAUCUCGUCUGACUCCAACAAGACUAGUAAAGACCUGCAACUGGACAUCAUACCGGCCAGCGCGCCAGAGUUAGAGGUCAAACUGAGGGAUGCCGCCCACGAACUGAACGAGGAGAAGAGGAAGUCUGCUCGCAGGAAAGAGUUCAUAAUGGCAGAGCUUCUCCAGACAGAGAAGGCGUACGUCAGAGACCUGAGGGAAUGCACAGAUACGUACCUGUGGGAGAUGAGCAGCGGCGUGGAGGACGUCCCUCCUGGAAUCGUCAACAAAGAACACAUCAUCUUCGGCAACAUGCAGGAUCUCGACGAGUUCCACCACAACAUCUUCCUGAAGGAGUUGGAGAAGUACGAACAGCUGCCUGAGGAUGUCGGCCAUUGUUUUGUCACCUGGGCUGAUAAGUUCCAGAUGUAUGUGAACUACUGCAAGAACAAGCCAGACUCAACACAACUCAUCCUGGAACAUGCAGGAUCCUACUUUGAUGAAAUUCAACAGAGACACAGAUUGGCCAACUCCAUCUCCUCGUACCUCAUCAAACCAGUGCAGAGAAUAACCAAGUACCAGCUUCUGUUAAAGGAGCUCCUGACAUGCUGUGAAGAGGGGAAGGGAGAGAUCAAGGACGGGCUGGAGGUGAUGCUGAGUGUCCCAAAGAGAGCUAACGACGCCAUGCACCUCAGCAUGAUGGAAGGGUUUGAUGGGAACCUGGAGUCACAGGGGGAGCUGAUCGUUCAGGAGGCGUUCCAGGUGUGGGACCCCAAGACGCUGAUCCGCAAGGGCCGCGAACGCCACCUCUUCCUGUUCGAGAUGUCCCUGGUCUUCAGCAAGGAGGUGAAGGACUCGUCCGGCCGCAGCAAGUACCUCUACAAGAGCAAGCUGAUUACCUCUGAGUUGGGGGUCACAGAGCAUGUGGAGGGAGACCCCUGCAAGUUUGCCCUCUGGAUGGGGAGGACCCCGUCCUCAGACAACAAGAUUGUCCUCAAGGCGUCCAGCCUAGAGAACAAGCAGGACUGGAUCAAGCACAUCCGUGAGGUGAUCCAGGAGCGCACCAUCCACCUGCGGGGGGCGCUAAAGGAGCCCAUCCACAUCCCUAAAGCCACUACCGCCAAGCACAAGGCCCGCAGGGACGGAGAGGAGCUGGACAGCCAGGGCGAGGGCAGUAGCCAACCAGACACCAUCUCCAUCGCCUCCCGCACCUCGCAGAACACAGUGGACAGCGACAAGUUGUCGGGAGGAUGUGAGGUCACCGUGGUCAUCCAUGACUUCCUGGCGGGCGUCGGCGGCGGGGAGAUGACAGUGCACCGGGGCCAGACGGUGGAGGUGGUGGAGCGCGUGCCGGAGCGCCCUGACUGGGUCCUGGUCCGCACCACAGAGCGCCUGCCACCCCAGGAGGGCAUGGUGCCCUGCGCCUCGCUCUGCCUCGCCCACGCCCGCUCCAGUCUGGACGUGGAGGGGCUCUUCAACCACAAAGACACGCUGUCCGUGUCCAGCGGAGAGGCCCUCCACGUGGGCUCCAGCCACACGCUCGGCCCCCACAGCACCCCGGGGGGCAGGCGCCCGGGCAACACCCUGAGGAAGUGGCUGACCAGCCCGGUCCGACGGCUCAGCUCUGGCAAGGCCGACGCUCACGUGAAGAAGCUGGCCCACAAGCACAAGAAGAACCGCGCGGACGGACGCAAGAACGCAGACGCCCAGAAGGACUCGGACGACAGCGCGGCCACGCCCCAGGAUGAGACUGUCGAGGAGAGAAUGAGAAGCGAGGGGCUGAGCAGCGGAACCCUCUCCAAGUCGUCCUCCUCAGGGAUGCAGAGCUGUGGGGAGGAGGAGGGAGAGGAGGGGGCGGACUCCGUGCCCCUGCCGCCCCCCAUGGCCAUCCAGCAGCACAGCCUGCUGCAGGCCGACGCCCAGGACGACAAGGCUUCUUCCAGACUGGGAGGAAGACCAGGCAGCUCAGAGACUCCCAGUGCAGCUGAACUAGUCAGCGCCAUCGAGGGGCUGGUCAAGAGCAAGAUGUCUCUGGAGGACCGCCCCAGCUCCCUGCCGGUGCGACCGGAGGAGGUCAGCAGCCCCUCCCUCUCCUCCCUCCUGUCCUCCUCCCCCCUGGACGACCAGGAGGAGCACAAGGCCGGCCUCCUCAAGAGACGCCACUAUGUGUUGCUGGAACUGGUGGAGACUGAGAGAGACUACGUCAGAGACCUGGGGUCAGUGGUGGAGGGUUACAUAUCCAGAAUGAAGGAGGAAGGCGUUCCAGAUGACAUGAGAGGCAAAGAAAAGAUGCUGUUUGGGAACAUCCACCAGAUCUACGACUGGCAUAAAGAGUUCUUCCUGGGUGAGCUGGAGAAGUGCCUGGAGGAUCCUGAUAGGCUGGGAGCGCUGUUUGUCAAACAGGAAAGGAGGCUGCACAUGUACAUCGUUUACUGCCAGAACAAGCCCAAGUCAGAACACAUCGUGUCUGAAUACAUCGACACCUACUUCGAGGAGCUGAAGCAGCGUCUGGGUCACAGACUGCAGCUAACAGACCUACUCAUCAAGCCAGUGCAGCGCAUCAUGAAGUACCAGCUCCUCCUCAAGGAUUUCCUCAAAUUUUCCAAGAAGGCUGGAGUAGAUACUGUUGAGUUGGAGAAAGCAGUGGAGGUGAUGUGUGUCGUGCCCAAAAGAUGCAACGACAUGAUGAAUGUGGGUCGACUGCAAGGCUUUGAGGGGAAGAUUGUAGCCCAGGGCCGUCUCCUUCUUCAGGACACCUUCAUGGUGUCCGACCAGGACAGUGGACUUCUUUCCAGGAUGAAGGAGAGGAGGGUCUUUCUCUUUGAGCAGAUAGUCAUCUUCAGCGAGCCGCUGGACAAGAAGAAGGGCUACUCCACCCCCGGCUAUCUCUUCAAGAACAGCAUCAAGGUGAGCUGGCUGGGUCUGGAGGAGAGCCAAGACGACACGUCUAAGUUCACGUUGACGUCGCGCUCCUCUAGUGGUGCGCUGGAGAACUUCGUUCUGCAGUCCCCCAGCUCUGCCGUCAGCCAGGUGUGGAUCCACCACAUCAGCCAGAUCCUGGAGAACCAACGCAACUUCCUCAACGCUCUGACAUCCCCUAUUGAGUACCAGAGGAACAAUGUGGGCGGCGGCGGGGCAGGAGCUUCCCCUAGCGGCGGCAUCUGCUCCGGCUCCGUCCUGGCCGGGGGGUCGUCCCUGUGCGGCCCCCGCUCCCGAGCCUCCCGCAUCCCCCAGCCCUCCUCCCGCCUGCCCCAGCCCGUCCACCACCACCAUCCCCUGGGCCCCGAGGGGCCCGACAGGACAGCAGGUACGUGGCCCCCCCGCCUGCAGCCCCCUCCUGCUAGCCCCCACCCCCCUGAGGCCAGUCGGGGGGACCCAGAUCCCGCGGCCCCUAUGAUGAGGGUCCUGGAUGGCCCUCCAUGCAAUGGCAUGGUGUCUGGUGCAGAUGGCAGCCCCAAACAGGGGCACAAAGACCCCCCUGUAAACCCCCUCCCACAGAUGCCUGUGGCCCCGCUGAACACCAACCCCAGGGUGGGGACUGUCUCUCCCUUUCCAUCCCUCGUGUCCCCUGGAGGUCUUGGGAAGGACAGUCCCAUUGCAAGUAGCCCAACCCAGAAAGGCCCCUCUUACUGGGCCUCAGGCCCGGCCUCCCCAGCCAGCAGGCCUGGUUCCUUCUCUUGGCCCAGUGAUGGUGGGGACUCCCUGGGAUGGGGGAGCCAUGGUUACAGCCACCAUCGCCGCCAGUCUGCACACAGCAAGGACAUAGACCGCAUGAGUACCUGCUCGUCUACCAGUGAGCAGUCCAUACACUCCAUCCAGAGCAACGGGAGUGAAAGCAGCAGCAGCAGCAGUGUGUCCACCAUGCUGGUGACCCAGGACUACGCCGCGUUGAAGGAGGAUGAGAUCAGCGUGCUCCAGGGGGAGGUGGUCCAGAUGCUGGCCAGCAACCAGCAGAACAUGUUCCUGGUGUUCCGCGCCGCCACCGAGCAGGGCCCGGCGGCCGAGGGCUGGAUCCCCGGCCACGUGCUUGGACACACCUCCCCCGUCUCCCCCGAUCACCCCGAAGGCACCGUCAAAAAAUGGUCGUCGUGGCACACGGCCCUCCGCCUGAGGAGGAAGACAGAGAAGAGAGACAAGGACACCGCAAAGGACAACGGCUACCGUAGAUCUCACAACAGUCUGGCUACUAAAGUGUCUGUCAAGCUUCUGAAUCCCAACUACAUAUAUGAUGCAGUGCCUCCAGAGUUCCUCUUGCCUCUGAGUGAUGUGGUGUGUGCGUGCGGAGAGAGCGUCACUCUCAGGGGGAAGGUGUGUGGCCUCACCCGAGCCUCUGUGUCCUGGAGAGGCCCUGACCACGCGCCGCUGGCCAGCAACGGACGCUUCUGCCUGGGACACAGUGACACCGGUGAGGCCACCUUGGAGAUCCUAGAGGUGUGUGUGGAGGACGGGGGGGUGUACACCUGCAUCGCCAGCAGUGCAGCAGGAACCACGUCCUCCUCCGCCAGUCUCCGAGUGUCAGAUGUCAACAACAUUGGGAGUGACAUUCUUUGGAAGAACAACUUUGAGUUGUUCUACACUGAGACCACGGAACUGGGCAGGGGCAGGUUCUCGGUGACCCGGCGCUGUAACCAGUGUGGCAGCCGUGGCAGCGUAGCAGCUAAGCACGUGAAUAAGCGCCUGCUGCGGCGGGAGCAGGUGCAGCGGGAGGUGCUGCUGCUGCGGGACCUAAAGCACCCACACCUGGCCAGGCUGCUGGACACCUACGAGACCCCCACCAGCUACGUCCUCAUCCUGGAGAUGGCUGGCCAGGGCCGCCUGCUGGACCACAUCGUGAGCUGGGGCAGCCUGACGGAGGAGCGGGUGGCUCUGUACCUGAGAGACAUCCUGGAGGCCCUGCGCUACCUGCACAGCUGCAGGGUAGCCCACCUGGACCUGAAGCCGGAGAACAUCGUGGUAGAAAACACCUCCGUUCUUCCCGUGGUCAAGCUGACAGACUUCGGCGAUGCGGUCCAGCUGGACUCCUCCCAGCACGUCCACCCUCUCUUGGGCAGUCCCGAGUUCUCCUCUCCUGAGCUGGUCCUGGGCCUGCCGGCCUCUCUGACCUCUGACCUCUGGAGCCUGGGCGUGUUGACCUAUGUGCUGCUGAGCGGUGCCUCCCCCUUCCUGGACGACAGCGUGGAGGAGACCUGCGUCAACAUCUGCCGUCUGGACUUCAGCUUCCCUCCGGACUACUUCUCCGGGGUGAGCCGGGCGGCGCGGGACUUCGUGUGCCUGCUGCUGCAGGCGGAGGCGGGGCGGAGGCCCUCGGCGGACGCCUGCCUGCAGGAGCCCUGGCUGCAGCCACACGCCGCGCCCCGCCCCCCCGGCCACCUGGACACGUCUCGCCUGGUGUCCUUCAUGGAGCGGAGGAGGCACCUGAACGACGUCCGCCCCGUGGCCAGCAUCAAGGCCUUCCUGCACAGCCGACUCCUCAACGCUGUGUGACCGGCCACAAGACCACCACGUUAAUGAUCUCAUCGUCCCCCAACUCGCCACCAAGGAUCCUGCUGCUGCCUGCUGAUCCCCCCUCCCUCCCUGCCUCCCCUAUCCCACAAUCCCUCUAACCCCCCCCCCCUACCAACUUGCAGAGUCAUGGUUUUAUCCUGACUUGCAAACAAACAGUUUGAGGCUUCUUAGAGACUUGACUAGCAGGGAGAACAGAGCACUGUGAGGAGCCUGUGGUGAAGGAGCCUCUUGUUCGGAUAGUUUCUUUAAGAAGAAACGGGUGUUUUCGGUUGAACACAAGAGAAAUGUCUUUUUGUAAUGAGAGAUUACUUUUUGUACAGAUAAUGUAUAGUAAAGUAACAGAGAACUUUAUUCAUAUCUUGUCAAGAACAGAGGUUCGGAAAUGAUCAAAACAAGUUGACACCUGAACAGUACAGAUGAUGUAGAUUAACUUUGGAAUAACCUCACAUUUACCGGUUGGAGACCAAAAUCAUGUUUCAGAUAAAUUGUUGAAAUUCUUGGCCUUGCUUCUUGUGUGGGCCUAGCAUCAUUUGAAAGAUAAACUAUUUUAGUGACACUUGUACAACUUAUGACAAACAAUAAAAGCUUCAACAGCUAUUAUAAGUCAAAUAUGUCUUCAGAUUUCUAAUGCAUCAGCCUUACUUUGUAAAUAAAGUGUUCCUGCCUUCAUUCUCAUUUGAAGACUCAAAGUUGCUGCUUCAGCUGAGUGGUUAGGUUGACCAGUGAGAGAACACUUUCAUGGUGGUUAAGGUUCAGGUGAGGGUUCAGGUUAAGUUUGGGGAAGACUUUGGGUUCAGGUUUAGAAAUUGAGGAUAGGGUUAAGGUUCAUUGUUAUAGUUCAGGUUAAGAGGUUAAAGGGUCAGGUUAAGGUUAGGUGUAGGGUUUAGGUUAAGAGUUUGGGAAUCAGGUUAGGGUUACGGUUCAUGUUUGGGGUUAGGGUUGAGAGGUUAGGGUUCAGGUUCAUGGUUAGGGUUGAGAGGUUAGGGUUCAGGUUCAUGGUUAGGGUUAGGGUUGAGAGGUUAGGGUUCAGGUUCAUGGUUAGGGUUGAGAGGUUAGGGUUCAGGUUCAUGGUUAGGAUUGAGAGGUUAGGGUUCAGGUUCAUGGUUAGGGUUAGGGUUGAGAGGUUAGGGUUCAGGUUCAUGGUUAGGGUUGAGAGGUUAGGGUUCAGGUUCAUGGUUAGGGUU